CCCCGCCCCCUCACCCUCAGGAAGGUUUUUGUUGCAAUCUGCUUCUGGGUCCUCGUGUGCUUUUCAUCAGGGACCCCUGCGACACCUAGCGAUCUCCGGACUAAAGCCAGGGCUGGAUUCAAACCAGGAGAACGACCAUGCUUUUGGCCCAGAGGAGACUCUUCUCCCUUGGCUGCAGAGCAAAGCCCAUAAAGACAAUUUACUCUUCGAAAGUCCUCGGACUCUCCACUUCUGCCAAAAUGGCUUUGAGAUUCAAAAAUGCCAAACGAAUCGAAGGCCUGGACCAAAACGUGUGGGUUGAAUUUACCAAGUUGGCCUCGGAUCCUUCUGUGGUGAAUCUUGGACAAGGCUUUCCUGAUAUAUCCCCUCCUUCAUACGUACAAGAAGAAUUGUCAAAGGCGGCAUUUAUUGAUAACCUGAAUCAAUACACAAGGGGCUUUGGUCAUCCAUCACUUGUGAAAGCCCUAUCCUGCUUAUACGGAAAGAUUUAUCAAAAGCAAAUUGAUCCAAAUGAAGAAAUCCUUGUGACGGUGGGGGGAUAUGGAUCUCUCUUUAACACCAUCCAAGGCUUGGUGGACCCAGGAGAUGAAGUGAUAAUUAUGGUGCCUUUUUACGACUGUUAUGAGCCCAUGGUGAGGAUGGCCGGAGCAGUGCCUGUGUUUAUUCCCCUGAGAUCUAAACGUACUGACGUGAUGAAGUGGACUAGCUCUGAUUGGACAUUCAAUCCUCAAGAACUGGAAAGUAAAUUCAGUUCCAAAACGAAAGCCAUUAUAUUAAAUACUCCACAUAACCCCAUCGGCAAGGUGUAUACCAGAGAGGAGCUGCAAGUCAUUGCUGACCUUUGCAUCAAACAUGACACUCUGUGCAUCAGCGAUGAGGUUUAUGAAUGGCUUGUCUAUACUGGACAUAAGCACAUAAAAAUAGCCACUCUUCCAGGUAUGUGGGAGAGAACAAUAACCAUAGGAAGCGCUGGCAAGACAUUCAGUGUGACCGGCUGGAAGCUCGGCUGGAGCAUUGGCCCUGGUCACCUGAUAAAACAUUUGCGGACUGUUCAGCAAAACAGCGUAUACACGUGUGCAACUCCUUUACAGGCAGCCUUGGCCGAGGCUUUUUGGAUCGAUAUCAAGCGCAUGGAUGACCCAGAGUGUUACUUCAAUUCUCUGCCAAAGGAAUUAGAAGUUAAGAGAGAUCGGAUGGCCUGUUUACUUAACAGCGUUGGCCUGAAACCCAUCAUCCCUGACGGGGGCUACUUCAUCAUCGCCGAUGUGUCUUCAUUAGGUGUUGACCUCUCCGAUGUGAAGAGUGAUGAGCCUUAUGACUAUAAGUUUGUGAAGUGGAUGACGAAAAAUAAGAAAUUGUCAGCCAUUCCUGUAUCCGCGUUCUGCGACUCCGAGUCUAAACCUCACUUUGAGAAGUUGGUGCGGUUUUGCUUUAUCAAAAAAGACAGCACACUGGAUGCUGCGGAAGAAAUCUUCAGGGCGUGGAACAGCCGGAAGUCUUGAGUUGUGCCGGUGUGAGGGUUCCAUCAUCUUGCAAGGACUUUACUACUCGGUGCUGCCACCUCGUGGGCACUAAAAGGAAAAACCGUUUCAGGACAAACAUUUAAAUAAACAUUUCCACUGUCUCCGAAGUUAACCCCAUUCCUGACGGUGUUCAGUACACUCUGGUUUGACUCGUUCGGAAUAUAUUAAGGCACCUUC